AUGACUGGAGGCGACAAAAAAAUCGCAGCUGUAAGUGACCUGGAGGACAGCAGUUCGACGGUGCGCGCCCGCCUUCCGCGUGUCAUUCCGCCAGACCCCUCCCCCCACACCACCCCCCAGCCCCCAACCGCAUCCUCCCCGUCGCCCCGGUCUCAGACGCCACACCCCAAUCCGACCGCUCACCGUCCCACCGCCCCCGCCGCCCCACGCCUACCCCUCUCCCCGCCGCGCCCGCGUCGUCCCACGACCCCCGCCCGGACCCCGCACCCUCGGCGCAGCGCCGCUGACCCCACCAUCCCCUGCGCCCGCGCCGGCGCCAACAUCCCGCCCGGCUCACCACGACGCCCUCGCCACGACACUCCCGCACCCCCGGGCCCGCCCCCUCCACCACGCGCUCCAAGUCCCCUCCCGCGGCCGCCCUCCGCCCACCUCCCCCCCCACACCCCGCCCCGCCCCCCACGCCUCCCCCCCCCCUCCGCCGCCGACCCGCCCCAUUCCUUUUCCCGCUCUCCCCCCGCACCCUCCUCCCCGCGCCCCGCCUCCGGCCGCCCGCCCUCGUUCCCGCCCCUCGCCCACCCUCCCCCCCCCGCCCCGCGCACCGCCCUGGCCCCCCGACACCGCCGCGCACCCCCGCGCCCAGGCCCCAGCGCCCCCCAUCUCCUCAGGUCCCCCCGCCCACACGUGCCCCGGCCUUGCCCGCGACCCGCGCCGGCCCGCCCCCGUACCAUCCCCCCAGCGCGGCCCUAUUCCCAGAGCCCCGCGUCACCCACCCUCCCGCCCCCACCCCCGCCGGAGCAUCCCCCCGCCCCGUCUAUACACGCGCUGAGCCACCCGCGGCCCGCACUCGCAGCCGUUCCUCGCGCACGCGCCGUCUCGUCCCGACUGGCAGCCGGCCGUGCUCCCGCCCCGCGCACCCCGUCCCCUGCCAGCGCCGCGCCACGCCGCUCAGCGGCACCGAAUCGUCGCCGAGGAGUCGAUUGCGGGCGCACCAACCCGCGCCACCUCGCUUCCGCGGCCCCGCCCCCCCCCGACUCGCCCCGCGCCGCGCGCCCCCCGCCCGCCGCCCGCCUGCCGCCACCCCCUCUCUCCCCUCCCCCCCCGCCUCCGCCCCGCCGCCGCCGCGCCCCACACCGCGCCCCGCCCCACCCCUCCUCAGCGCGCCCAGUCCCCCACCCGUCGCCGCCCCGAGCCGCCCCCGACGCACCACCGACGGCAUCGCCGCGCCCCCGCCCCUCGCUUACCGCCAGCAUCCCGGCCGGCCCAGCCGCAACCGCCCCAGCCGCGUCGCCACGCCGCACGACGCGGCGGAUACUUAACGACGCCGCCCUCCCCGUCCCACGCUGCACCCGUCGCCACCCGAACGCUCAGCACCCCCCGGACCCCCACGCCGUUUCCCGCUAUCGCGCGCGGCACCGUCCGCGCGAAGCCGCCCCACGCAUCGCCCCCGCACCCCCCGUCCCGCGCCGCCCGUGCGCCCCCGCCGCACGGCCCCUCGUCAGGCGCUGCUGCGAGGCCAGCACGCGGCAGCCCCCUACGCCGCCCUCGCCGCUCCGACGAGUAUCCAGAGCCUGCGCGCCGACUCGAGGGUGGCCGCAGCUGCACGCUCAUUGGCAGAUACCGACCCUGGCCACUAUACUACACGCUGCCCCACCCGACGCGCGUCCCGGCCUCGCGUCACCCGCAUCCCGGCCGGACACGCCCGCACCCGGCCCAGCCGCGCGCCCCGCGCGCGACUCCACGCGCUCCAUACAGCCUCUCGCCCUCCCCGCCACCAGCCUUCCCACUCACUCCAGACGGCGCCUGCCGCCCACCCCCGAUCAGCCAUCCAGCGCCCGCCGGUGCGUCGCGCAGCCCCACACCACCCGCCCACGCCCGUCCGCCCACGACGCACCUGCACCCGCAUCCUCUAGCCCCUCACACGGCACCCUCGCCCACCCCCUGCCCCAUGCUCCCCCGCACCUCCCCCUUCCGCCAGCCGCCGACCCGCGCCGCCCGCCACCCACCACUGGCCCCCCCACCCGCGACCCUCCCCCGCCCGCCGCCGGCACGCCCCUCGCCCCCCGCCCCGCCGCCGCCACCCGAUCUCACCGCCUACCCGCGCCCGCGCACCUCCCACCCACCCCGCAGCUCUCCGCGCCCGCCACCGUCCCCACCAGGGGGGCCUCCGCCGCCCCCCCCCCCCACAACCCCCCCCAGCCAGCCACCGCCUCUCUCAAACUCCCACCACCACGCCGCCGAGUCCCCCCACCCCAUCGCGCCGCAUCGCGACCUCACCGACCGCACCGCAUCCCCUCCCAUCCGCCCGACGCCGCUCCCACCGCGCCCGCGCCCGCCCGCCUCCGCCAGGGCACUGGAGUCCGAGCUUAUUUGUGA